CCAUCCCCGCUCUCUCUCUCUCUCUCUCUCCCUAGUUCCUGGUUCGCAUCGCAAGUGGUAUUGGUGACUACUCCCUUUCGAAGCAGCAAAAACCCUCAGCAACAGUCCGUGUGUGUGCAGUCAGCAUCAGUGUCACAGCACAGGAAAACAGCACAGAAACCGUUUGCUGGCCAGCGCGAACUCAGACAGCAAAGUGAAGCAAAGCGCACAGCAAGAAAGAAAGAAAAAAAUCCGUCCUGCAUCCGUCACCGCAGCAGAGCAGGAGCAGUGAAAACAACGGAAAAAAGAUAUUAUCUUUUAGUGCGUGCGCGAUUGUUGUGAUUUCGGGAGUGCUGUGCUGUUUUUUGCGAAAAGAAAUUUUCACGCUCGCAACAAAGAAAAAACGACGUCGACGGGUGUGUUUUAGGGCGAGAAAAGCGAAAGGCGACAGCAAAAAAAAAAGAAAAAAGAAAAACGCCAACACAAAAGAGGAACGCGCUCGCAUCUCUCCCACACAUCCUCUCUCCCUUUCUCGUCCCCUCUUUCGCUUUGCCCCUCUCGCUUUCUCCCUUGGACGCCCUUCCGCGUUACGCAUCGGUUUUAGAAAGGGAAGAGUGACUCAUCACUCAUCUCGCCACACAAUAAGCAGUGGUGAAGUGAAAAAGGAGAAGCAGGCUUUUCCUUUUUCCACGCUAUUGUUUCCUCGUUUUUCAAAUCAAGAUCGAUUACGCGCCCUCACAACGCGAGUGAUUAAUUAUUUGUCGCGUACGGCCUUCCAAGGUGAGAGAAAGAGAAGAAGCGAGCGAGAGAAAGAGUGUGCGUGUGUGCGCACAAUAGGGAGAAAGAGAGCAGCAACAACGAGAUACAACAUCACACAAACACAGGUGCUUUUGUUUUGUUCUUCCCCCCCCCACCCCCCUUCCAAAUCCCUAAUAUCCUAAUCGGUUCGAUUUUCGGUGCAUUUUAUCCGGCCGAACCCAAUCGGCAAUAAAAAAGGAGCUGUAUGAGCCUACGGUCACUUAUUUUGUUCAGCCGUAUUGCAAACGGAAGUGUCGGUAUUGGUUGUUUGCAGUGUUGCGAUAUGUGGUGGUGUACGGGCAGUGUGUGUGAAAACAGUGAUGCAAGUGGCAGUGUUACUAAUAAAAACCGGCACAACGUGAUACUAUCAAUCUUCCUGUGAUACUAAACCUAGUAGUUUAAGGCUAGUUUAAGGUGGCUCAUUUACGCGACACCAGACCAUGUCCGGUUGGGUUGGUAUACCACGUGCGUAACCAUCAUCACACGACAUUAUUUUACCCAAGCCAACUCACAACAAAAAAAAAACGAAAAACCCACACAUUUGUCUACUUUCCGCCCUUUGCCGAUCGUUAUUCACCCGUAAUGGUGGUAAUCUGUAACGGCGGUAAUCCUCUGCACACGCGGCCCAAUCAGCAGCCCACCGAACGCUGCCGGUCCGGUUCCGAUGUCGUCCAAACGGAAAUCACCCCCGAACAAGCUGUCCAAUGCGGUGACGAUCGAGAAGAACAACUUCAAGAAGAUCUCGCUCAAGAAUGAGGAGUUCCUCAAGUCGUCCCCGGUGAAGGAGCUGAACUGUGCGUACGAUACGAACUUCCUGGCGAUGCAGAAGAUGAGCGCCGAUCCGAAGUUUCUCAAGCACGACGAUCUGCUCAGCACCCGGCACGAUGAGCAUCUGCUACCGCUCGAGCACGACUUCCACUACAACCUACCGUUCCUGAACGUGGCCAGCUACAUCCUGAAGGGUUCCGAUCCGACCCUCAACAAGACGGACAACUUUCAGCUGACGAUGAAUCUGGACAGUUUAAACAUUUCGAGCGGUAAUCAGGAAACGACACCACCCUCGCCAGUGUCACCGUCGACCGCUGUACCGAAGAUGCCCGGUAUGGCCGGUAGUGCACCGCGCAAGCUGAACAACAUGAUACUGAACCACCUCAAAUCGAUCGUCGACAACUUUGACAGCUUAAACAACAAUGUUAACGAUAAGAACAGUUACGGUGGCGUGAGCAACAACUGUCAGAGUGAGGACCCACCGGUACACAUGGCAUCACCGGUAGAGCAGCCCCCGAUACCACAGCUAAACAAUCAGUAUCUGGAGAAGAACAAUUUGGAAUCGUUUCGCACACGGCUGGACGAACGGAUCACCAAUCUGCAGCUGAGCAUGAGCGAGAUCUACCUGAUGCGGUUGAACCUAAGCCUGCUGGACUUCCCGAACGAGAUACCGAGCACACUGCUCAACAACCACAGUCCACACCAGCAGCAGCAGCAGCACAAUGCACACGGCGGUGGCAACACACCGGACGAUCUGCCCAACCGGAACUGUACCUCGCAGAGCACGCAGAACAACAUCAAGCUUAUCAAACGAAGCUUCAAGGAAUCGCUGUACGAGAAGGAGAAAAACAUCAACCGACUGAUCAUGUACUUUACGAUUUGGCGCGAGAUGCUACUGAAGGCGGAAUUUAGCGAAAACCGCAAGUACAAACAGAACAAUAAUUCCAAAAGCAACCUCGACCAGCCGCCAUCUUGUCUGCUGUCUGGUGGAGGCGUGGGCAGCACAGUAACAGCCGGUAGCAGCAGUUCAGCCGGAGCCGUUACUGGGGAUGUUACGACGGCCCGUACCGGAAUGUCACCGGCCGCUUCCUCGACCGCCUCCAUCCCGUCAGCAACACCGGUAGCGAGCGGUGUGGCGUCCCCGAACCGGUGCGGCUCGGCCACCGGCACCACCGUGAUCGACUGUGAUAUAGCAGGAGGGCCGGUCGAGCUGGCAACCGAACCGGACAACUGCAUACGCCGAUACCAAAACGUAUUUCAAUCGAUUGCCUGCAAGAUGUCGGGUGCGGUCGAGCUGGCCGGUCAGAUGUCGCAUCAGCAUCCGGCCGGUGGUGGUGCCGUCUAUCAACCACCCGGUGGCGCUCCUGGCGGUGGUGGUGGUGGUGGUAGCAGCAGUGGUAGUAGCGGUGGUGGUGGAGGAGGAGGUAGUGGCACCAACAGUACCGCAGUUGGUGGUAAUAUAGCACGCCGGAACGCACGGAAACGUCCUCAUCUGAUGCCACCGGAUGCUGACCCGGAUCAGAUGUUACUGGCGAAGCAACCGAUGCUGUCUGGGCCGCCAUUAAACUGUGCAGGUGCAGGUGGCGUACCGGCCGGUGGAACUCCCGGACUCACACUGUACGACGAGUACGAGAAGGCGAAAGAGGACGAAAACCAAAGAUACGCAAAGGAACCGGACGUACCGAUCAAUCUGUCGAAGCGGAAACCAUCGCGCGAUAGUCCGCUGGCACCACCGCUAGAGCUCAGCAACGGUACCAAACUGCCCGGGAUGCUGCCUGGUGGUAGCGGCGGCGGUGGAGGCGGUGGAGGUAGUGGCGGAGGAGGUCCGUUUGGACCGGCGGGGCUAUUUUCCGGAUGCGACACGGACGAGCUGAACCAUCGGUUGGAGAUGAUGUCGGAUAAGGUUGGGCUACUGCCACCAACGGCUGUUGCCCUGCUGGAGAAGGAGUCCGACAAGUACUUCCUAUCGAAGUCGAAACGGGAUCGGCUUGAUGCGCUGGAAGCGAACCACCUGUUCGAUUAUCCUGGUCCCGGACCGGACGGUAUGCACAAGCAUGCGAAGCUGAACCUCUACCACCAGUCGCCCAGCCCUCAUCACGGGAGUCCGGACGAGAAGCAGGGAUUGGGGUUGGGAGAAUCGGCCUACCCGCUUGCGCAGCAAUUCUUCAUCAAGGCGACCGAUGCUGGGGCGCACGGUGGACCUGGUGGACCUGGGCUUUCCCCGUUCAACAGUAACGCCAUGAUAGACAACAUGAACCGCCAUCUUAUCCAGCGUCAACACUCGAUCGCUGCUGUUAGUGGUGGAGGCGGUGGUGGUGGUGGUGGUGGUGGCGGAGGUGGUGGUGGUGGUGGUGGCAGUGGAAAGAAGGAUAAGAGCAUGUCACUGGGUGGGAUGGAGCUCGGGCCCGACAUCGGUACCGGUCGCAGUCGUUCCUCGAGCAUCGAGAAGAAUCACAUCAAGCGCCCGAUGAAUGCGUUCAUGGUGUGGGCGAAGGAUGAGCGGCGCAAGAUACUGAAAGCCUGCCCGGACAUGCACAAUUCCAACAUCUCCAAAAUUCUGGGCGCCCGGUGGAAAGCGAUGACGAACCUGGAGAAGCAGCCGUACUACGAGGAGCAGGCGAAGCUAUCGAAACAGCACAUGGAAAAGCAUCCGGACUACCGGUAUCGGCCCCGUCCGAAGCGGACCUGCAUCAUCGACGGCAAGAAGAUGCGCAUCUCCGAGUACAAGUGUCUGAUGAAGAACCGGCGCCAGGAGAUACGGCAGUUUUGGACGCGGGACUACGACAGCGGUACCGACCAGAAGUGUCCGCUCAAGGACGCCGGGAAGGUGAUAAAGAACGAGGCCAUGUAAAAUUCCACCGAUCCCGAACGAUCAUCAGCGAACGAUCCCGUUUUCGACAGCAACAACUACAAAAUCACCCAUAUUUAAAUAAUAUCUUUACUAACCUUUUGUGCACCCGCUAGUGUGUGUGCGUGUGCGAUUUCUCUCUGUAUUCCGAGUGUAGAUGUUAAUGCUUCCCGUGGAACACACCGGGUGACAGUAAGCAGUAAGCGGAAAUAAAAUGCAACAAAACACAAAAUCACUAAGAAAAAACCAAA